AUGGCAACUCAAAAGAGUGAAGUUACAAUCAGAACAAGAAAUCUUAUUGUUAAUCCAUUACUUUGCAGAAAGCAAGUAGUUGUUGAUAUUUAUCAUCCAGGAAUUGUUCAACCAAAAUUCACUGAAAUUAAAGAAAAGCUUGCUAAAAUGUACAAGGUAAAAGACGUCCAAACUAUCGUUCUUAAUGGAUUUGUUACUAAGUACGGAGGAGGAAAGACAUCAGGAUUUGCAUUGAUUUAUGACACACUUUCAGCCUUAAAGAAAUUUGUUCCAAAACAUCAAUUAAUUAGAGCUGGUUUGGAUAAGAAGACUAAAGCACCAAGAAAGGCUAGAAAGGAACAUAAGAAGAAAUGGAGAAUGUGCCAUUCAUUCAAAGACUAUAAGAAGAAAGAAAUGAAGAAAGCAUCUAGAAAGAAGAAGUAAACCUUUUUUAAAAGACCGAUUUGUUCUGA